AUGACGUCUUCUAAUACUAGCAACUCGUUGGAGUCCGACAUUACAGAUCUGCUGCGUGUCCAACCUAUCAACUUUUGCAAAGAUGAUUCCACGUCACCCGACUCCUUUAAAGUUGGUGGCAACCGCUCUCAAAACCGUAAUAUGGGGGUCACGGUCAUAGUCUCCCUGGCUAUACUGGAGGAAGCUUUGAACGGGUUUGAGAAGCACGAGAAAUCUUCCUUGAAAUUUAAGGAACAUUUAUCAAAAUAUCCUGUCGAUUUGGCACUGAUCUUCUUAGACAUCGCCCACGGUACUGAAUUACUCGUUCCAAACAAGGCCUCAAUUCCAAUGAAAGGCCCCGAAUUGAACAAGAUUUCCUUUUCGAAUCUCUGCGACCUAGUUAACAGGGCUGAAGAUCUCGGCCUGGCGCAUCUCUUGGGCCCGUACCUGGAGCAAUUGAUAACCGCACAGUACAAUAAAAACAACCUCCCAGCAUCAAUUGUUGACCUCGCUGCUUGGCUCGCUUGGAAGGUUGGCGCGGGACGUUUUUACGACGAAAUGAUCGACCACCUGGCAUUUAUCUGCGAACUCGACGGGCUAGGCAAUGUCAUAAGACCGGGACCUGACGGGGAUCCGAUCUUUGAACAUACCCUUCAUGACAGCUAUGAAGAUAAUGCCGAAGUACCUGCCAACGUGGCUUUUGUCCGUGAAGAAAGAC